GCGGCGCAGCCAUGCGGGUGGGCAGCUGGGCGCGGGGAGUUACGCACCGCGUGACGCUGUGCGGGGGCACGGAGCGGCGGUGCCGGCGACUACUGGCGGAAGGGGCGGCGGGGGGAGGCGCGGAGGCUGGGGCGGCCGUGCUGGUGCCGCUGUGCUCCGUGCGGGGCCGCCCCGCGCUGCUCUAUACGCUGCGGUGCAGCCGUCUGCGCGGGCCCUACGGCGGCGAUGUGAGAAGGGCAUUGUGGACUGAAUGGCGAUGUGGGGACAGAAUGGUGAUGAGGACAACGCUGGGACAUGGGGACAGUGUGGGGAAUAUUCGGAAAAAUGCAGAGAUGGCAAAGGAACGUGGGGACGGAACGGGCACAUGGGACGUGUCUGUGCUAGAGAGCGUUUUGACGUUGAGCUCGGGGCUGGCAAUGCACGGGAUGCUUGUGGUCCCUGUGGUGGCCAACCUGGGACCCCUGGAGGACCUGACACUGUCCCCAAACCCUGACGAGGUGGCAGAGGUCUUCACACUGCCUCUGGAGCACCUCCUGCAGGAAGAGAACCAGGGCUACACCCAUUUCCGCACUGCGGGUCGCUACGGCUACACCCUGCCUGUCUUCCUCAACGGCCCCCACCGCAUCUGGGGGCUGACAGCCAUCAUCACUGAGCUGACGCUGGAGCUGCUGGCACCCAACUUGUACUGCAGAAAGACCCACGUGCCUGGCCAUGGCAUCACUGCUCCCCAAAAAAGGGCUUGAGCUGCAUAUUGAAGGAGCCGAGGCUCUGAGGGUGAGGGGUUUGGGGCUGGAAGGUUUUGGGGUGGAGGGUGGCAUGGUUUCACCACUGUCCCCUUCUCUGUGCCAUUGCACCCAUGGUCGAUGUUUCACGUUGUGAUUUUAGUAAAAAGCCAUGUUUCAA